AUGUGUCUUAUCCUUCAAGAAGGAGAGCAACAGGUAAAUGCCAUUGGAGGGUUCAACGAACAAAUGCCAUUGGAGGGUUCAACGAACAACAAAGGAAGAAAUGAAAUCGAGCAUAAAGAAUUUGGAGAAUCAAAUGAGCCAACUUGCCACAUCAGUGAGCAAACUGGAAUCUCAAGGGAAACUGCCCUCCCAAACCGUGCCAAAUCCAAAAUAGAACGCAAGUGCAAUUACGCUGCAAAGUGGAAAGGAGUUAGAAUCUGCCAGCCCGAAGAGGGAUGCCUAAGGCAGUACGACAGACCAGAAGGAAAGGAAGAAAAAGAGAUCUUGGAGAUUUUUCACAAAGUCCAGGUGAACAUACCCCUCGUUGAAACCAUAAAGCAAAUACCUAGGUACGUGAAAUUUCUAAAAGACCUUUGCACUAAUAAAAGAAAAUUGUAUGGGUACGAAAAGUUUAAAGUAGGGGAGAAUGUGUCAGCUGUACUCCAUAGAAAAAUUGCACAAAAUUGUAAAGACAAAGACAAGUUUGCUAUAUCAUGUAAAGUUGGAAACCUUGAAAUCAAAAAGGCAAUGUGUGACUUAGGAGCUUCCAUAAAUGUUAUGCCUCUAUCAGUUUAUUUGUCUUUGGAUGCAGGCCCUUUAAAACAAACAGGAAUCACACUCCAACUCGUCGAUAGAUCAAUAGUCUAUCCUAAAGGUGUAUUGGAAGAUGUUUUGAUCCAAGUGGAAAAAUUAAUCUUCCUAGCAGACUUGUUUGUCUUGGAUAUGGAAGAUGACAGUUCAUCCAAUUCUACAGAUUUAUUGCUAGGAAGACCAUUCCUUAGCACAGCUAGAACAAAGAUUGACGUGCACGAAGGCACACUCACAAUGGAGUUUGAUGGACAGGAUGUAAAAUUUAAUAUCUAUGAUGCAAUGAAGUAUCCUGAUAAAAACUUUUCUCUUUGCAACAUAGAUGUGGUUGAACCUCUCGCUCAAGAAGCAUUCGAACUAAGCAAGGAAGACAAGUUGGAGGUAGUUUUAACUGAAAACUUGAUAAUGGACUGCCCUAACAAUAGCACAUUGAAACUCGAUGAGGAAAUUAUAGAAACAAUCCGUUCAUUAGACGCUUCAAGCCAUAAGGCAUCGAAAAUUGAGUUAAAAGCACAUCCAGCUCCUUUGAAAUAUGUAUUUCUAGAAAGUAAUGACACAUUUCCAAUCAUAUUCUCCUCCAAUUGA